AUGGGAAAUUGUGUGUCCAAUAGAACCAAAAUCUCGACCAAUCUAGACAAACCCCAAAAACAAUACAUACACCAAGCCUUCCUCAGACAAACUCUAACCAAUCCAGAAUCGCGAAACCAAUUGUUGCUAUUCGAGGAAAAUUUCAAUGAAAUAUUUGAUGACAUUCCAUAUCUAGGACAAUAUGCAUAUUGGUUUCUGAUGGGAUUGCAGAAUAAUGAAUCAAAAGGAAUUGAAUAUGAAACAAUAGUACAAUUUUCAGAAAUUUUCAUCUUGGGCAAUUCUCAAAGUGAAAUCCUGACAUUACCAAAUAGAGUUUCUCUCAUUAUCGCAAUUAUUGCUCUCUUUGGUAAUCUAAACAUCCAAGGCUCCCUUAAAGAAUUUUCUACUAUGUCAAUCACUUAUCUUCUGACUUCUAAAUGUCUAUAGGUGUUCAUAGCCAUUAUGAUCCGAAAAUCAAAUAUAAAUGAAUUACCUGUUAAAUCCUUUGUAGAUGCUAUAUUUUCUAAACUUGAUGUCAACAUUCCAAUCUUAUAAUUUAUUAAGUUUAUAGACACCUUUAUGCCAUAAUUAGAGGAAAUCAUUGAAGACUAUUAUUAUGAUAAAUUUCUUGGUGAAUAGAAAUUAUUUCAUUCUCCUCAAUUGUGCAACCCAUCCCAUAUUUUGAAUCAAGAAUGGCUUGCACUCAUGUACUUGUGUUUCAUGCAUAAAGACACAAGCAAAUUGGAACUGCUUUAUUCUAAUGUUCUGAAUGAAAAUUCAUUUGAAUUACUAACAGAUCUACUCACUCAUUCAUCAUCUAGUUUCCUCUUCAUUAUUCAAUGUGAACAUGCAGCCAGAAAGUACAUUUUUGGAGCAUAUACUAACUUUGAAUGGAAAGAUGAUUCCCUACCUAAUGGAAGUAAAGAGGAUUGCAUUUUCUAAUUGUUCCCAUAAUUUAGAGUUUAUAGAACAAAAAAUGAUAAAUUUACAAGAUCACAAUAUGUGUAUCUCAAUUCAAAAAAUGAAGAAUUGGCCAAAGGAAUAGGAUUUGGAGGUGAAUUAGCUAAGGAUUUCAGAAUAUUCAUUAACUCAGAUCUCUUGACAGUUUAAUGCAAAAAUCAUGACAAAACAUAUGAACCAGGAGAGUUGAUGCCAUUAAAGCAAGGAAAAAUUAAUUUAAUGGAGAUUUGGACAAUCUAAUAAAUUCAAGGUACUACUCAAUUCAAAGACUUAAUUUAAUAAAAAAUAGAGGAUCAGGUUGAAUUUGAAGAAUUUGAAAUACCUCAAAUACGUUUAGAUGAAGACAUCGGUUCUUAUAGAUCAGGGGAUCAUUCCUCAUUGAAUUAAUCUAUAAAUGAUUUAAAACAGAAGGAUUCCUGUGAUUGGGAAGGUUCUAGUUAGAAUGGAUUCGAAGAAGAAAUCAUUAUUAAGAAUGAUGGAUACGAAGAAGUCAAGAAGAAUGAAAAAGAAUUUGAAGUUGUUGAAUUAAAUGAUAGUAAUAACAAAACUAGUAUCAAUGUACAAAAUUAAGUGGUUCAGAAUAACCAAUUUGAAUUUGAAGAAGUAGAAGUUAAGACAGCUGAUAAAAUGGAUUCAUCUGCCCUUUAGGUAGUUUAUAAUGUAAAAUCAGGAAAAUUUGGGGAUGCAUCUUAAGAUGAUAAUUGGAAUGGAGAUAAUUCCGAUUGGAAAGGAGAUACUAGCAGUUCAAGCAAGUAGAAGGAAUUGCUUGUAAGCUAAGAUUUAAAGACGAUCAAUGAGAAUCUUCAGGAAUCAACUCAUGCAGAAUCGUGAAUAUUAAAAAUCAAAAUUUAUUACUUAAUUUUCUAUUUA